AUGGGUACCAGGCUCCUCUGCUGGGUGAGCCUCUGUUUCCUGGGGGCAGGUCACACCAAUGCUGGAGUGUCCCAGUCUCCCAAGCACAUAGUCACAAAGAGGGGACAGAAUGUCAAUCUCACGUGUGAUCCAAUUUCUGGACACCUGUCACUUUAUUGGUACCGACAAACACUGGGGCAGGGCCCUGAGUUUUUGAUUUACUUCCAAGGCAAGGAGGCCACAGACAGAUCAGGGAUGCCUAAAGAGCGGUUCUCUGCUGAGAGGUCUGAUGGCUCCUCCUCCACUCUGAAGAUCCAGGGUGCAGAGCAGCGGGACUCGGCCGUGUACCUCUGUGCCAGCAGCUUAACCACAGCGCUGCAGAGUCACCCUCUUCCUGCUCUCAAACCCUCAUGUGCUCACCUCUCAUAG